AUGAUGCAGGCUGGUGGACCGAGUCGGUCAGUCAUGAUGGGACAGACACAAGGUUCCUACAUGGGUGUACCAAAUGUCGUUUCCCAGUCUGGUUCUUCAUAUCAACAGAUUGUUUCCUUGCUUCAUCAGUCAUUCAAAAAUCCGAACUGGCCUCCAAAUUUCAUAACUCCCGAUAACGUUUUGGAUUAUUUUUGCGAUCCAGGAAAUGUUUUUUACGAUGUUUCUUCGUGCAAUCAGCAUAUCAGAAUGCAAAAUCUUAAUCGACCUUUGCACGAAUGCCUACAGUCUAUGCAAGGUAUCCAAUAUACGGUUGUUGGCACUUUCCCUCCAUUGUAUGUUAUAAUGAAACAGCGUCGGAAUAGUCCUACAAAUGUUACACCUCUGGCCUAUUACUACAUAGUAAAUGGAACAGUGUAUCAAUGUCCGGAUAUUUAUACAUAUAUUCAAUCAAAAUUGAUUAGUAUUGUUGAUCCACUUCGACAAGCUCUUGAACAAGCUCGGAAUUUUAAUAGAUUCAAUAUUGCUAAAGGAUAUUAUUGGGAAUUCAAAGAUUCGGAUGGUGAAACUGUUAAAAAAGCAACAGAAGAGGAAGAAAAGCCACAGCUUGCCCGAAGUACUUUUUAUCAACGAACUCGGACGGAUCAGAUAUUGCGGGAACUUUUUGCUAAAUUUCCACCUCCUGACGACGUUCAGUUUAAUUUUGGUGGAAAUGAAAUAUCUGUAGAAAACGACACUAGUGGUGUAGUUGAGAAAUCUGUACAGAGUUCGUCUGUAAACAAUCAGAAUUUGACGGCAACGGAAGAUCCAACAUCGGGAAUUAGCCAACAGACUGCUUUUACAUCACCAUCAAGUGUCCCUCUAAUUCCUGCUCAUCGGAGUACUGCAGAGUCUUCUAGUGGCCCUCUAAGUUUUCCUGGAACUAUACCAGUUUUGGGAGUAUCAUCGACGGAUUCGCAACACGAAACUGACACUAAACGUUUCAAAACAAAUUGA